AUGUCUUUUAUGGGUAUAACACUAGAUUCUAUACAUAUGGAAGCAAGACUACCACAAGACAAGCUAGCUAAAGCUGUUUUGCUAUUACGCGAGCUUGGUUCAAAACAAACAUGUCAACUCCGUACUCUCCUAUCCCUGAUAGGCUUCUUGAAUUUUGCUUGUUCGGUCAUCAGACCAGGAAGGGCUUUCCUAAGACGCCUGAUAAACCUGUCGAUUGGCGUUAAAAAGCUUCAUUACAAGGUAAAACUAAGAUCCCCAGCCAAGCACGACAUGUCCAUGUGGCUAGACUUCCUUGCAAAUUUUAAUGGGACAUCUUUUUUCAUCAACGAACAGCGGCUUUCUAGCGAUAACAUUUGUCUACAUACAGAUGCAUCAGGGUCAAAAGGCUAUGGGGCGAUUUAUAAGAGUAACUGGUUUUACGGGUCUUUCCCACACUCUUGGCAAAAAGCAAACAUCGCAUUCUUAGAACUAUACCCAAUUGUUUUGGCAGUAUUCACAUGGGGUCAUUUAUGGAGAAAUCACACGGUAGUUUUUCACACAGAUAAUGAAGCUCUGGUGUCUGUUAUCAAUAAACAGACAUCAGAAGUUCAUUGUAUAAUGUACCUUAUCAGAAAGCUAGUGGACUGGCCUACACUGUCUUACACAAAAUAUAGUAUUUUUAGCUCGCCAUGUCAAAGGAAAAGACAAUAG